UCUAUGCGGUUUAUGUAUGCGUCUAGUGUAGAUCAUAAAUUUGCAGCUUUUUUGUUAUUCUUAUAGCAGUAAUUUGCAAAAUUUGCCACUUCUCCAUUCUCAAGCGGCUAGCGUCAAAGGCUGCAUGGCCAAAGCAUCAGGUUAUCGAUUACUCCAAGGGCGAGCAAUAGUAGAAGCUAGCACACGAGUUAUAGUUGCUGCUGUUGUUAUAGACGUCCAUUCUUUUUGCGAUCAGGACUGGCUCUUGAGUCUUCAAGAACGAUUGCCAGGUCUUCCUUCGAAGUGCUCGAGACUGUCGCGGACUCAGCGGGCGGAUCCGACUCUGCCGUGAUAAAUGAGCCUCUUUACCGCGAAAUCUUCUUCAGUCAGCCUGCUGCUACUGCUUUUUUGAUGCGCGUCUUCAACUUUGGUUAAGAUGGUUCCAAUCUCAGCCCGCACGACUGGCUCGUGCUCAGUAAGCUUCAAACUAGCGAAAGAACGUAACUCUCUCCGUGGCCUCCUUAGAAACGAAGGGCCAGCGCCUGCAUAAGAUCAAGCUUGCCCCUUGGGGUCUGUAGUCCGAAUACUAGUGUUCAAUAGGAUGAGAUGUAGGGAGAAAUAAAGGAGAACGAGUCUCGAAGCGUCUGUUCACCUCUGAAGUUGCCAGUGUAGGAGAGGAACGGCCCAGUCUGCUCGAUAUGAUCUAGCGAAGUUUACGAACUCUUGCACAUGAUAUACAUUUGUGAAUCGCUGGUCAACUGGCGAAAAAGAUAGAUCAGGACACAGAUAGCUUGAGAGAAUUCAACGAACGCAAGCUGCUAAACACACAAGUAUACUGUUGGCGAGAAAGCGACGCAGACCGGCGUACGUUUCGCGCAAGAAGCGCAGGUGACUGACACGAGGAGGCCGUCCUCGAGAAGACUUGAGCACCAGUUAGUUAAAGAAAACAAAGAAAAAGAAGUGGAUAAUGUGGAGUAUCCCAACUCAGAACAGGGAUCUCAAAGCAUUUAUCUACUUCUCGUCUCAUCGUGUAGUCUGCCAGUUUUAUUUCACCCUCGAAUUCAACUAACAACAGAACAGAUUCGUUCUGGCGAAUGUGUCCAGUGACAUAAAUAUAAGCUUGGUUAGUAGAUGGUUUUUAGGUUUAUUUUGUAUUCAUUUCUAUGUAGUAGUUCAGUAUAUUCGACAUCGAUGCUGCAGUGUUAACUGUCUAUCUUCGAAUACGCUUUAUUUUUUUUGUAUUGAUAUAUUUUUUUGUUAAAAAUACAUACGUUGUACAUAAGCACUCAGUAUUCGUACUGAUUUCCAGCUCACAUAGCCACGCAGUCAAGUUUGUUGCUCUGCCAUAACCCAUACUGCACAAUUAAACAAAGAAAAUAAAAACAAUCAUUCUUCGCUAAUUAAGCUCAUCAAUUAAUCUAUAUGGGAUCAUUAUUAAUGGGUAAAAGCAAAGUGCAUCAUUUCCAAUAUUCUGUCUCAAUCUUCAUUACCUCAUUCAACUGCCACAGAGGGCGCCACCCGUACCGGCUACUCAUGUCGAAUAAAGCUUCCGCUCUAAUGAACCGCGCCGUUUGUAAACAAGGCAUGCGUGUGUCAGCUGGCAGUUCUAACAGAGUCGAUCAGCUGUUAAGAAUAAGAAUGUUGGUGAUACGUAACUUAACAGUGUGACCCGAUUCAUCCUCGCAUGGCGGCGGUGUUUUUCGUGUUUAGUUUUUCAUAACAAAAAUGAUAUAUUUAUGGCAUCUAUACGGUUUCUUAGUAGUAAGAACAGUAUGAUGAGAUAAAACGCGAAAAAAAACUUGAAAGGGUGCUUUGAAAGCGUACACAGUAGUAACUUAGCUAACGUUUUAAGACGUAAGCCUCGUUUUUAACAGUCUUUGUCCCAUUCCUAUUUCGUCCCUGUGUAUGAAGUGUGCUAACUGUGUAGCAAUCAGAAAUCAUGAAUCGGGACAAAAUUAUGGCAGAACUGAAACAACUUGAUAAAAAAAUGUUUAAUUUGGUAAAAAGUGAUAACCUACUUUCGGGUCUGGAAACGUCGUCAUUGGAACGUAUUCAGCAACUGAUCGAUGCAGAGACCGGACAAAAGAUUCGAAUAUUUAUCGUGAGGGAUGAUGGCAAAAGGCUGGAUGUUGUCGUUUCGCCUGACGCUAGUAUCCUAGAACUUCGUCGGGCCGUUGAGUUAGCUACAGAGGAUUACUAUCUUCGGUCAACCUGCCCAGACAACCCUUGUUUCCCAAAACCUCGUAUCUCAUGGAAGCAAUUCUGGGGCCAUCAUACACUUGUGGCUCAUGACGUCCGUAUUGACGAAGUUGACUGUUCGAUCCGAGAAUACAACAUUACAUCGGGAACAGUCCUCAAAUUCGCAAAACGAUUGCGUAUCCGAGCUGCCGCUACUGUUAACCAAACAAGAGAUUUUCUUACUGACCAACCUUCUACAUCUUCCAGCCAGGGUCGCCGUUUCCACGCAUAUGAGGCAUAUCGCGCGUCAAAGAAAUAAAAACGUGUUUGCAAGUAAUAAAUAAUAAGAUAAUAAAUCUUUAUUUUUAAGGCGCUUUGCAUUGUCGAUACAUGUUACUUUCAGUAUAUCUUUUACAUCUUACUAUUCAUAUGCAAGAUACGCUUAUUGGUCCGCAACCGCAACCAUCAUCAUCAUUAUGCCGAAGCACAUGCUACACCUGAACAUGUUGCAUUCUGGUUGUCAAUAUACUGCAUACAUAUGCUAAUAAUUAAUAUAUAUUUACAUAAAAUUAUCCUGGAUAGUGUCUACUAUCAAAGUAUUUUGUCUGCGUCUUUCUCUGGAUGUGUAAUAAUGUUUUGUAUAUGUGUUUCGACUUAUAAACUGAGAAAUCUUUAGACAAAUGGUAAUUAGCGUAGAGAGAGUGGAAAAGCUGUACUAUCGCAGUUUUAUAAAAAUCAGUCUAUAUAUAUGCAUUGACUUUGUGGGUUUGUUCGUUUCGUCGCAAUGAACAAAAAACAUCUCAUUUUGAGCAGCAGAGUUUGAAAUAAAGAGUGUGGUUUUCGUUACACUUGGGAAAGAUAGAAGCUUUUUAGAACACAUAUUUAUACACAGAGUAUGUUACAUGUUUUCAGAAGUUUCUAUAAAUAAAUUUCAUUUUUAUAUGCGUUAAGAAAAUGGGUGUCUUUACGCUAUCAAUGUAGUCGUCUUUUCUUUCUUCUGUAUCUUUGACAUUCAUUGCUAUUCCUCUGAUUUUCUCUUUUGUACAUAUAUUUUUCGAUAUAUGCAUAUAUAGCUUUUUUAUUCACACGAAUUGUGUC